AACUGACUACUUAAAAUGAGGACCAGACCUGGCCCCUCUAGAUCAGAGAUCACAGAGCAGAAGACGAACAGAGCUCCAGGACCCCAAGACAGAGCCACAAACUGUGGCGAUCCCUGGCCCAGGUCCUAUCCUUCAUCAAGGUUCCUGUUGAGUCAUUUCAUCCCACUGAAAAUGUCCUUUUUGGAGGAGAAUUCAGGUGUGAAAACGGACUCUGAAGACUGGGAAAGAGAUGAAUCCCAGUCCUGCUCAGAAGACCCAGCCAGAAGCCCCCUGGGGCCAGGCCCGAGCCUUACCUCCAUGAGUUCUGCACACUCGUCUCCAAAAGUGACGGCCAAAGCCCCGGAGAAAUUCAGCAUUUAUGACCAUGAUCACAAAGUAUUGGUCCUAGACUGCGGGAUCCUCAGAGCAGUUCCGGAUAGACCCUACAUCCUCCCAGAGACCUUCUUUGUACUAGCUUCCCACUUGAGCUCAGCCUGUGAAGAGAAAGGAAGUCCAAUUCUCCUGGCAGUCUCUAAAGGAGAGCUCUGUCUCUGCUGUGAGAAGGACAAAGGACAAAGCAAGCCAUCCCUUCAGCUGAAGAAGAAAAAACUGACUGACUUGGCUACCGAGAAGGAACAAGCACGUCGACCGUUCAUCUUUUAUAGGGCUGAGGUGGGCUCCAAGAACACACUGGAGUCAGUCACCCACCCUGGAUGGUUCAUUUGCACCUCCUGCAAUUCUGGUGAACCUGUUGGAAUGACAGAUAUUCUUGGGAAAAGGGAACACACUGAGUUUUCAUUCCGGCGAGUUCACAAAGCUGAAAUGAGCCCCACUGAGGCCACUGAGUAGAAAACUGCCCUAUGCAAUGCCUUCCUGUACUUUCCUCUCUCACACCAAACGCAGAAGAAUGUGGAGCCUACUUGUUAACGUUUUUCAUUUCUCAUUAGUACUUUGAGAAUUCAUGUCUUUAGGUCAUAGAUAAAAUGAUUGAGUAAUUGUAGAGUUCUUAGAUGAAAUAAAGUUCUGGUUGGAAUGAG